UUGUCGAUAGUACCUGCAAUUAGAACUCGUGGCACUGUUUCAUUGGCUUAAAAGCUCUUUUUGGUUCGCUUGUCGUAGCGCAUAUUGCAAGAGCAUCAAAAUUUCGUCGUUUCGAAACCAAUCCGUCCCCUUCAAGUUAAAGCCCAAAAUUCUUCUCAUUCUCUCGAUCCUUCCUUCGUUUCUCUUCGCCAUCAUUUAAUCAUGGUGCUCGAGGCAACAAUGAUCUGUAUUGAUAAUUCGGAGUGGAUGCGAAACGGUGAUUACUCUCCCUCUCGAUUUCAAGCUCAAGCCGAUGCUGUUAAUCUUAUUUGCGGAGCUAAAACUCAGUCUAAUCCAGAGAAUACAGUGGGAGUUCUAACAAUGGCAGGAAAAGGAGUUCGUGUGUUGGUCACACCUACCAGUGAUCUUGGCAAAAUCUUAGCUUGCAUGCACGGCUUAGAAAUAGGUGGUGAAAUGAACUUGGCAGCUGGAAUUCAAGUGGCUCAGUUAGCGCUUAAGCAUCGCCAAAAUAAAAAGCAGCAGCAAAGGAUUAUUGUCUUUGCUGGAAGUCCUAUCAAACAUGACAAGAAAUCAUUGGAGAUGAUUGGAAGGAAGUUGAAAAAGAAUAGUGUUGCUCUUGAUAUUGUAAAUUUUGGCGAAGAUGAUGAAGGGAAGAUGGAAAAGCUGGAGGCACUUCUUGCUGCUGUUAACAAUAAUGAUACCAGUCACAUUGUUCAUGUUUCUGCUGGUCCUAACGCUCUCUCUGAUGUACUUAUGAGUACCCCCAUCUUCACAGGGGAUGGGGAAGGUGGAAGUGGUUUUGCAGCUGCGGCAGCAGCAGCAGCUGCAGCUGGUGGCGUCUCUGGUUUUGAGUUUGGUGUGGAUCCCAACCUUGAUCCUGAAUUGGCCCUUGCACUUAGAGUUUCAAUGGAAGAGGAGAGGGCCAGGCAAGAAGCAGCUGCUAAAAAGGCUGCAGAGGAGGCAUCUAAACAAGAAAAGGGUGGGGAAGAACAAUCUAGCUCACAGGAAGCAACAAUGACUGAACAUGCAAGUGGGGGAACUUCAGAAGCUGAUAAUAAGAAAAAUGAUUUAUCAGAUGAUGACAAUGCUUUACUACAGCAGGCUCUUGCAAUGUCUAUGGAUGAGCCUGCCUCUAGCCAUGAUUUACAGGAUAUGGAGAUGCCAGAUGUAGCUGCUGAUGAUCCAGAGCUGGCAUUAGCUCUUCAAUUAUCUGUGCAAGACAGUACAAAAGAUUCAUCUAGUCAGACAGACAUGAGUAAGUUGUUGGCAGACCAGUCCUUUGUUUCUUCCAUCCUUGCAUCGCUUCCUGGGGUAGAUCCAAAUGAUCCUUCAGUUAAGGAGGUACUUGCUUCCAUGCAAAGCCAGUCUGAGUCCCAGCAGAAGCAGGAUGAGGACAAGGCAACAGAGGAGGAGGAGAAGUGAUGUUUCUUUGGAUAUCUUUUUCUUUCAGAUCCAUUGUGCAGAUUUGGAAGCUCUUCAUUGUGGCCACAAGAUGGUUAUUGAUGGUUAUUAUUUGUUCCAAGGGCUUUGGGAGAGCUUCUUCUAUUUUCAUGUCAAAAAUAGUAAACACUGAAAUACAUCUCCUUGAUGUUUCCACUAGUUAUACGUUAUAUAUAUUGUUCAAGAACAGAUGGAGUAUAUUUUCAUAUAUGGAAACCUAUUUGCAAUGAGAUCCAUCUUCUAUUUUGACACGUUGCAAAGGAAAUGACAAUUUAAGUUAGUAAUUCUUUUAGCUUGGAAGAUUAUUAUGUUCAUUUCUUUUAAGCUCCAACUGUCAAAAUUUAGACACUGAACUUCACAUCCUAUUGCCAUUUUUUGCCAAGAAAAAUUGAGAUUUAUGAUUCAAAUACAAAAUUGACCGAAGUUGUCUCCAAAUUGAGAAAGUGACGUCGCUCUAGGUGCCAAACUAAAAGCGGUAGCAGAGGAUGUUUUCCUUCCAUUUCUUGUGAAUGAUUCACCUAUGAAGAUGAUCUUCUGUCUCCUAUUCAAGCGGCAAACAAAUGUAUCUGUUUAGGGAU